ACGGGUCAUAAGCUGUGAAAAAAUAGUCGAGUAAACAUCGCACCAGAAAACGAGAGCAAGUUUUUGAACAUCACAAAAAGUUUUUUAUUUCAAAAAGUGCACAUCUGGUCAAGGAAUAAAAAUCCUAAAAGUUAGUUAACGUUUAUAUUUCGAGCGAAUCAAGCGUAAAGCCAAAAUGCAAAUUUUCGUGAAGACCCUGACUGGCAAGACCAUCACCCUCGAGGUCGAGCCCUCCGAUACCAUUGAGAACGUCAAGGCCAAGAUCCAGGACAAGGAGGGUAUCCCCCCAGACCAGCAGCGUCUGAUCUUCGCCGGCAAGCAGCUGGAGGACGGACGCACCCUGUCCGACUACAACAUCCAGAAGGAGUCUACCCUCCACUUGGUGCUCCGUCUCCGUGGAGGCAUGCAGAUCUUCGUCAAGACCCUGACUGGCAAGACCAUCACCCUGGAGGUCGAGCCCUCCGAUACCAUCGAGAAUGUCAAGGCUAAGAUCCAGGACAAGGAGGGUAUCCCCCCAGACCAGCAGCGUCUGAUCUUCGCCGGCAAGCAGCUGGAGGACGGACGCACCCUGUCCGACUACAACAUCCAGAAGGAGUCCACCCUCCACUUGGUGCUCCGCCUCCGUGGAGGCAUGCAGAUCUUCGUCAAGACCCUGACUGGCAAGACCAUCACCCUGGAGGUCGAGCCCUCCGAUACCAUCGAGAAUGUCAAGGCUAAGAUCCAGGACAAGGAGGGUAUCCCCCCAGACCAGCAGCGUCUGAUCUUCGCCGGCAAGCAGCUGGAGGACGGACGCACCCUGUCCGACUACAACAUCCAGAAGGAGUCUACCCUCCACUUGGUGCUCCGUCUCCGUGGAGGCAUGCAGAUCUUCGUCAAGACCCUGACUGGCAAGACCAUCACCCUGGAGGUCGAGCCCUCCGAUACCAUCGAGAACGUCAAGGCCAAGAUCCAGGACAAGGAGGGUAUCCCCCCAGACCAGCAGCGUCUGAUCUUCGCCGGCAAGCAGCUGGAGGACGGACGCACCCUGUCCGACUACAACAUCCAGAAGGAGUCCACCCUCCACUUGGUGCUCCGUCUCCGAGGAGGCAUGCAGAUCUUCGUGAAGACCCUGACUGGCAAGACCAUCACCCUGGAGGUCGAGCCCUCCGACACUAUCGAGAACGUCAAGGCUAAGAUCCAGGACAAGGAGGGAAUCCCCCCAGAUCAGCAGCGUCUGAUCUUCGCAGGCAAGCAGCUGGAGGACGGACGCACCCUGUCCGACUACAACAUCCAGAAGGAGUCCACCCUCCACUUGGUGCUCCGUCUCCGUGGAGGCAUGCAGAUCUUUGUGAAGACCCUGACCGGCAAGACCAUUACUCUCGAGGUCGAGCCCUCCGACACCAUCGAAAACGUCAAGGCCAAGAUCCAGGACAAGGAGGGUAUCCCCCCAGACCAGCAGCGUCUGAUCUUCGCCGGCAAGCAGCUGGAGGACGGACGCACCCUGUCCGACUACAACAUCCAGAAGGAGUCCACCCUCCACUUGGUGCUCCGUCUCCGAGGAGGCAUGCAGAUCUUCGUGAAGACCCUGACUGGCAAGACCAUCACCCUGGAGGUCGAGCCCUCCGACACCAUCGAGAACGUCAAGGCCAAGAUCCAGGACAAGGAGGGUAUCCCCCCAGACCAGCAGCGUCUGAUCUUCGCCGGCAAGCAGCUGGAGGACGGACGCACCCUGUCCGACUACAACAUCCAGAAGGAGUCCACCCUCCACUUGGUGCUCCGUCUCCGAGGAGGCAUGCAGAUCUUCGUGAAGACCCUGACUGGCAAGACCAUCACCCUGGAGGUCGAGCCCUCCGACACUAUCGAGAACGUCAAGGCCAAGAUCCAGGACAAGGAGGGAAUCCCCCCAGAUCAGCAGCGUCUGAUCUUCGCCGGCAAGCAGCUGGAGGACGGACGUACCCUGUCCGACUACAACAUCCAGAAGGAGUCCACUUUGCAUUUGGUGUUGCGUCUGCGCGGCGGCGCUCUCUAGAUUUUUUCACCACAGUAAUCUCUUAAAAUUGAUCUUGCCGAGAAGGCGCCACACUACUCUCAGUAAUGUUUAUUGGCUUCAAAAAAGGAAAGAGCCACCUAAGGCCUAACCGCAAAAUGUAUUAAUAUUCGAUAAUAAAUUUUCAAUUUGUGUGUUCAAAA